AUGAUGAUGAGACACAGCUGGGCUAAGACGCCUCCCUCCAUCACGCUGAGGAUCAGGCCCUCGGCGGCUCUCAACCUGCAGCUCCGGAGAGGUCUCCGCAUGAAGAGGCCGAAGCUCCAGGAGGCCCGUGGCCCACCGGGCAAAAUCCAGCACCAGCACGGCCGAAAACGCGACGAAAUGCCGCGGCCAUGUGAACAACCGUGGGGCCCAACUCUGGUCAUACAGCGCCAAGAGAUGGCUGCCUUUUUCAGACUGUUUGAUGAUGACCUCAUACAGGAUUUUCUGUGGAUGGACUGCUGUUGCAAACUUACUGACAAGUAUUUGCUUGCCAUGACCUUUGUCUACUUCAAGAGAGCACGCUUCAGCAUCAGUGAACACAGCAGGAUGAACUUCUUCAUCGCUUUAUACCUGGCAAACACCAUGGAGGAGGAUGAGGAGGAGACAAAGUAUGAGAUCUUUCCUUGGGCGCUGGGAAAGAGUUGGAGGAAGCUCUUCCCACGCUUCCUGAAGCAGAGAGACAAGCUGUGGGCUCGAAUUGAGUACCGUGCUGCUGUCAGCCGUCGCUGCUGUGAGGAGGUGAUGGCCAUCGUUCCAUCUCACUUCAUCUGGCAGCGUGAGCGUGCGGAGCACCACAGCGGAGCCCAGCGGCUGUCCCGGGACCGGGAGGAGGUGCACAUGCCUCGUGGCCCAGCCGCCUCCCCUGAACCCUGCUCUCUCUGUGCCAGAACCUCUGGCCUUUCCUCCCCAUCCUCCUCCCCUUUGCCCCUUGCGCCAAAACUCAGCUUGGAGGCCACACCACCCUCCAAGCAACAGGCUUUCCACCAACCGAGCAAGAAGGCUGCCUGCAGCUGUAAGGACAAUCCAGCAGGGAGUGAUGUGGACAGUGAAGCUGGCCAUGACUAUUCCAUGGACUGGAUCAACGAGGAGCCUACGCCGGUUGAAGGUGCCAUCUUUUUUGAGUGA